AUGGAGGGCGUCAGAGCUGGGUACUUCUUCUCGAUUCCACCAUCUAUCAUAAGGAGUGGACAGGUUGGACUAGAUUUCUCUCCCAGAUUUGCUGGCACUGAUGAACAGAAGGAAGAGCAAAGACAAGUCCUAAUCAGACAGAUCCAAUUAGCCAAAAGACUAAAUUUGCCUUUAAAUGUUCACUCACGCUCUGCUGGAAGACCUACCAUCAGCCUCCUACGUGAGCAAGAAGCAGAAACUUGUGAAACAGUUGCCUUUGACAUCUAUCUGCUUAGAAACAGAUUCACCUGCACUAGGGCCAGAAAAACAGUGGUCUCCAUCCUCAUUUGAAAACGUGAAAGAAGAGUGGGUGCCUGAGAUAACUCACCGCUGGCCAAAGACUCCCUUCUUGCUUGUUGGGACCCAAAUUGGUCCCAGAGAUGACCCCUCUACUAUUGAGAAACUUGCCAAGGACAAACAAACCUAUCACUCCAGAGACUGCUGAAAAGCUGGCCCGAGAUCUGAAGGCUGUCAAGUAUGUGGAGUGUUCUGCACUCACACGGAAAGGCCUGAAGAAUGUGUUUGAUGAAGCAAUAUUGGCUGCCCUGGAACCUCCAGAACCGAAGAAGAGCCGCAGGUGUGUGCUGCUAUGAACAUCUCUCCAGAUCCCUUUGCACAGCUGGUGUCGGCAUCAUACUAAAAGCAAUGUUUAAAUCAAACUAAAGAUUAAAAAUUAAAAUUCGUUUCUGCAAUAAUGACAAGUGCCCUUCACCUACCCACAUGCACUCAUGUGAGACAAGGCCGAUAGGUAUGGCCCCCACCCCUCCCAGUACUAGUUAAUUUUGAGUAAUUGUGAUUGUCAGGAAAGUGAUCAGUACUAAUUUUUGUUUUGUUGUUUCAAAAAAACUUUUUUUGUUGUUUUUUAAAAAGUAAGGCAUGCUUGUGGUGACUGUAACAGACUAAUUUGAAUUGGUGAAGCUGCUCCCUGGUUCCACUUGAGAGUAAUCUGGGACAUCUUAGGGUUUUUUUCCCCUUCUUUUUUGGGGGGAAUGUGUGGUGGGUUUGUUUUUUAGUCUUGUUUUUUUAAUUCAUUAAGUAGUGGAAAGCCCUUAGGGGAGGAGGAUGGAUUGAUUCCACAAUCCACUUCCUAGAUCUAGUUUAGAAAAACGUGUUCCCUACCUGGUGCUCUUAGGAAGGAGUAUAGUAAAUGCCUCAUUUAAUA